UUCAAAUAAAUAUAAUAGAUAAUUCUUGGAACAUUCCGGAAUCAAUCAAGGUUUUAAUACUACUACAGUUUAAUACCGACUUAUUAGAGAACGCGGAUGGGGACAGAUAUGUUUAACACAAUGAUAAGCGUGAGAGCGCACGUAGAUGGAUCGUGGAGCGUUAGUUUAUCAUCUCAAGUCCGGUAGCCCGCAUCCGCUCAUCGCGUAUUCACUCUCAAUAGAUAAAACAUGCUUUGACACGUUGAUUUGAUAAUUACUAGAAAUACAAGUUAUGGGGUUAGGCCCAAUGAUGCGUGUAUAAGAUAACACUGCGUGUUCGCUGCGCACGCGCUGUGUUGAGGCUUGCCCGCGUCAGAAUCGGCCACCGCCGGCAUUGUUCACAGCUCACACGCGCUCCACUGACCUGGUUACCUACAGCUUAUUGACAGAACUGUCUUGGCUCCGCUGCUCACCGUUCAGAGAAAGGUGUGCAUCUACGAAACAAUGAUGCCAUUUCUUUUCAAACCUGAGAGCUAUAAAAUUUUGUAAGUUUGUUUACGUUUAUAUAUUUAACACUUAAUAAGCCUGUAAACACUUAUUGUCAGGGAUGUUAUUUAUUUCUUAGUAAAUAGGUACUUAAAUACCAUGCGGAAUGAAGUGCUUUUAAAGCAUUUUUAAUUACUAUAUUGAAGAAAAUUAUUUCCUUGCCAAAAUAGUGACGUGAUGAGAAACUAAACAGAACCUAGGUGUCAUUAAAAAUGGGUCAUUAACCUUUGGCUACUAUGUACUCCGAUAAUAGAAAUUCGCAGAAUAGGCAUGAAAUCUACAUUUCAAUCAUACGAAAAAACGUAGUAAAGUGUAAUGCGAAGAAAUGUGUUCGCGGCGGGCACCUCGGAGUGCGCGGGAGGGCGCUCCCACGGGUUGCCGAUAUUUUUAGUGCACGACGAUUACUUGGCACCGGCGGCCGCACUCGGUUGCGCUAGUGAUCUUUCUGAAAUUCGUUCGCGCUUAGGUACGCUCUCGAUCUCGAGAUAGACCCAGUCUGAUGUCCGGUGGCGAAGAAGUGGUCGUGUAAAAAAGAAAAACGCGGGAAUAUAUCAAUGUGUCGUGUUAACGGUUCUGUCGUGUAAAUAUGACUAUUUUGGACUAUUAUGUGAUAUAUCCAGGCUAAAGUGUUUCCACUAAAACAGUAAAAACAACAUAAUGGCCAGUUUGAGCACCAGUGCUAGUGCUACGACUAGUCCUCGUCGUCAACGUUACAAUAGAUCUUCCACCACGAGCGUCACACAGCUACUAUCAGACGGUUACUCCAGUUUUAUCAAUCGUUUAACUCGUCGUGGACCAUCCGAGAAAAGUGAAAUUAUUUCAGACACGAAACUUAGCACUUCGCGACCGCGUUUCGAUGAAAAGCUCAUUUCCAACAAAAAUUCCGCAUUAUCGAAUGUGCGACGGUACGAGAACAAUGGCCACAUCUCACCAUACACAUCUUUGACGUCCGGUGCGCCAGCGCGGAAGUUGAACGAUGACCGUACGUACUCGAGUUACCUGGGCGCGACCAAGUCGCGUGUCGACACAUCACCUUUGCAUUCUACCUCCGGGAUUAGCGCGCUCGGUCGCACUGACUCGUUCCGCAGAGCUCAUUUGAAGGAUAAAUCAUCACCGUUCACUAAGCGGUAUCCAUUGAAAGAGUCCAACAAUAACAUUGAUGGCAUUUUGUUAGGUAGCACGCGUAGUCGAUUGGAAGACAAGUAUUCCUCUGUUUUAGAUAGGAUAGCGGUACAGAAAAAAGAAAGGGCAAGGAAAGAAAAGGAGGACCGUGAUAAGACAUUAGAACCUGAACCGACAUUAUCUCGAGGACUGAUGAGGAGUCUUACGACAGCAGUUUUUGGGGAAAAUUCAUUUAAAAGAAAUAAUUAUUCUCAUGAAAAAAUUAGAGAUAAGACUCCUUUUAGAAAUACCGUGGACAGACGAUUGUCUUCUAGUCAUAAACAAAAGGAUGAUUACAAAAAUGGAUUUGACAUUCCAUUAAAAGAUCGACAUUAUGGUAAAGACAGAGAUAGUGUAUAUCGAAGACAUCAAAGAAGAUCACUAAGAGCUGAAAAAAGCGAAAACAACGAUAGAAAAAUGGGCAAACUAUCAUUGCGUCCAAUAGAUAUAAACAUAAACCCUGCUGUUAGAGAUUUAGUAUCACCUCCUCAGCAAAGCAUAAACGACACUUAUGGAAAAUCAAAAGUAACAAAAACUCCUGCAGCUUCUCCCGCUAGAGAGGUGGGACGACAAAAGCAAAUAUAUUUUCCAUCGAGUGAUGAAGACGACGACAAGACCCCGGUAGGAGACAGGGUACUCAGUGAGCGAGAAACUAGGCGGAAAGAGAUACAGGGGCUCAUCAUGAAGUAUGCACACGUAGAUGAGAUGUACGGACGUAUCGGUGAAAAGGAGAUUAACGAGAAAACGAACGGAAUAGCUGCUCCAAAGAAGGUUGAGCCGUUAGCUGUUGGGGAUAUAGUGGUGCUGCCGCCCGAGCUGCGCGCCAGGCAGCGGCCGCAGCGGCCUCGCCAUCUGAUGCGGCACGCGGCCACGCCGCCUAGCUCCCGGGCACGCUCCUCCGUCAAGGACGACAAGGACGGACAUCUGGUCUACUGGCCCGGAUAUGUCAUGGGAGCGAGAUACAAAAUCAUCGAUACGCUCGGUGAGGGCACCUUCGGCAAGGUGGUCGAGGUGAAGGAUUUGGAAUUGGAGCACAGAAUGGCUUUGAAGAUAAUCAAGAAUGUCGAGAAGUACAGAGAGGCUGCAAAACUCGAGAUAAAUGUAUUAGAAAAGUUAGCUGAAGUUGACCCUGAUUGUAAAAACUUAUGUGUUAAGAUGUUGGACUGGUUCGAGUACCACGGACACAUGUGCAUCGCAUUUGAAAUGCUCGGCCAGAGUGUAUUUGACUUCCUGAAAGACAAUAACUACCAGCCGUACCCGCUAGAGCAGGUCCGGCACAUCGCGUACCAGCUCAUAUACAGCGUACUGUUCCUACAUGACAACAAACUCACGCACACUGAUCUCAAGCCAGAGAACAUUCUCUUCGUCGACAGCGACUACGAAGUCGUCAGCGUUUACAACGCCUCCAAAAAGAAACACGAUCUAAUGCGUGUGAAGCGGAGUGACGUGCGACUCAUAGACUUCGGAAGCGCCACCUUUGACCACGAACACCACAGUACCAUCGUGUCCACCAGGCACUACAGGGCGCCUGAAGUCAUAUUAGAACUGGGGUGGUCACAGCCAUGCGAUGUCUGGUCUAUCGGCUGCAUCAUGUUCGAGCUGUACCUCGGUAUCACACUCUUCCAGACACAUGACAACAGAGAACAUCUCGCCAUGAUGGAGAGAAUCUUAGGACCUAUACCAUACAGAAUGGCGCGCAAAACAAAAACAAAAUACUUCUACCACGGAAAAUUAGACUGGGACGAGAAAUCGUCAGCUGGCAGAUACGUCAGAGAAAACUGUAAACCACUAAUGAGGUACCUGCAGAGUAACAGCGAGGAGUCGCGGCAGUUGUUCGACCUCAUCGCGCGCAUGCUGGAGUACGAGCCGUCACAGCGCAUCACGCUGCGGGACGCACUCAAACAUCCCUUCUUCAACAAACUCCCACAGCACCAGAGGCUCGGCAAUGACCGGUUGCGAUGCAACGGUGAAAGCUCAGGGUCCCGCGAACGAUCGCACUCGCUCAGCAGGUGAGCGGCAGUCGGGCGCCGUGAGGCUCGAGCCGCCGGCGUCUGAGUCCCGGCCCGGCCAUCCGGGCCGACCCGGUCCGGCCAGGUCCGGCCCAGCCAGGCCCGGCCCGGCCCGGCGGCCCGCAGUACAGCGAUAGUCAAAAAGGUGCGGCCGCAACGUGCCCGCCGACCGUGUAAACUUGUACAGUUGUAAUGAAGUGAUAAGUGAUAAUUAUUUUGUCGAACAUUGUAAUCUAGGUAAUAUUUUGUUGUGAAUCGGUACUUCUCAAUUUGUAUUUAUAAAGUAACUAUUAUUCGAAAUAAAGACUGUCAGUCUGAAUUAA